AUGCGUCACCAUCUCUCGUUCUGCCUAAGUCUGUCGUCCGACAGCCGCCGCUCUUUCUACUGGAUCGCGGAUGCGCCUUCCAUCUCCCGUUCUGUCUCUCUUUCCGAACAUAAGCCUGUCGUCCGACAGCAGCCGCUCUUUCUACUUGAUGACGGAUGCGUCACCAUCUCCCGUCCUGUAUCUCUUUCCGUUGAACAUGCGGACGCACCCGCUGCUUCUCCCGCCCGCUCAUCUAGCUUGGCAUCAUCUGACCAAAGUCGCUCUUUCUACUGGAUGACGGAUGCGUCACCAUCUCCCGUUCCGUCUGUCUUUCCGCUGAACAUCACUACAAGCCUGUCGUCUGACAGCAGUCGCUCUUUCUACUGGACGACGGAUGCGUCACCAUCUCCCGUUCCGACUCUAUUCCCGAACAUCCUCAAGCCUGUCGUUCGACAGCUGUCGCUCUUUCUACCGGAUCGCGGAUGCGCCUUCCAUUUCACAUUUCCCUCUUUCUUCAUUUAUCGUCCGACCCACGUCGCACCUUCGUAUACCCCUUUUACCUUUCUCUUUCAUCAUAUUUAUUGUCCGACCCAUGUCACUCCUUCAUAUACCCCUUUUACCUUUCUCCUUCCUCAUAUUUAUCGUCCGACCCACGCCGCUCCUUCGACAUAUACCCCUUUCACCUUUCUCUUUCCUCAUAUUUAUCGUCCGGCCCACGCCGCUCCUUCGACAUAUACCCAUUUCUCCUUCCUGUUUCAUUUUUCGUCCGACCCACGUCACUCCUUCAACAUAUACCCAUUUCUCCUCUCUGUUUCAUUCAUCGUCCGACCUUCAACAUAUACCCAUCUCUCCUCUCUGUUUCAUUCAUCGUCCGACCCACGUCGCUCCUUCAACAUAUACCCAUUUCUCCUUCAUCGUCCGACCCACGUCACUCAUUCAACGUAUACCCAUUUCUCCUUCAUCGUCCGACCCACGUCACUCCUUCAACAUAUACCCCUUUCACCUUUCACCUUUCGUUUUCAUCUCAUCUACCGCCCCGAUCACCGUCAUUCCCCUCAUUCUUUCGCUAUCACUUUCUCUCAGCUCUUCUUCCAAGCCUCGAGCCCGCCCGCCCGCUCCUGCACUCUGCCACGGACGCCGGCGCGGGACGGCCUACACUAA